CGGUGAUGGUCAGGGAAGCGGUUAUGGCCAGGGAAGCGGUCAUGGAAGCGGUCGGGGUCAGUGAAUCGGUGAUGGUCAGGGAAGCGGUUAUGGCCAGGGAAGCGGUCAUGGAAGCGGUCGGGGUCAGUGAAUCGGUGAUGGUCAGGGAAGCGGUUAUGGCCAGGGAAGCGGUCAUGGAAGCGGUCGGGGUCAGUGAAUCGGUGAUGGUCAGGGAAGCGGUUAUGGCCAGGGAAGUGGAAGCGGUUAUGGUCAGGGAAGCGGUCAGGGGAGCGGUUAUGGUCAGGGGAGCGGUUAUGGUCAGGGGAGCGGUUAUGGUCAGGGAAGCGGUCAUGGCCAGGGAAGCGGUCUGGGAAACGGUCAGGGAAGCGGUGAUGGUCAUGGAAGCGGUCAGGGAAGCGGUCAGGGAAGCGGUUAUGGCCAGGGAAGCGGUCGGGGCCAGGGAAGCGGUCAUGGAAGCGGUUAUGGCCAGGGAAGCGGUCAGUGAAGCGGUUAUGGUCAGUGAAGCGGUUAUGGUCAGGGAAGCGGUCAGGGAAGUGGUCAGGGAAGCGGUUAUGGUCAGGGAAGCGGUUAUGGUCAGGGGAGCGGUCAUGGUCAGGGAAGCGCUCAUGGUAGCGGUCAUGGUCAGGGAAGUGCUCAUGGUAGCGGUCCUGGUCAGGGAAGCACUCAGGGAAGCGGUGACUGCGGUCAGGGAAGCGGUCCUGGGAAGCGGUCACGGUCAGGGAAGCGCUCCUGGUCAGGGAAGCGCUCAGGGUCAGGGAAGCGUUGGCGGUCCGGGAAGCGGUCAGGGAAGCGUUGAUGGUCAGGGAAGCGGUGACGGUCAGUGAAGCGAUCAAGGUCAGGGAUGUGGUCAGGGAUGUGGUCAUUGAUACGGUCAUGGAAAUUUUGCGUAACACCUACCAGGUUUUUUUUUUUUUUCUCUCUGUUCAGUGUUCCAUUCAUAUGGCAUGUUUUCCCUGUUUGCUCAAACAGUUUAGAAAGAUUUCCUGUCUCUCUCUCAUGCUGGGAACGGCAGUGUGUUCAACAUCAUGCGAAGCUGCGCAGACCGAUUGGCGAGAGUUGUAGCUUGCAGUCGUGGGCGGAAUUGUGGGCGUAGCUGAAG